AUGGUGCCAACCCAAGUCACCAUCUUCUCCAUCAUCAUGUAUGUGCUUGAGUCCUUAGUCAUAAUUGUGCAAAGUUGCACAACGGUUGCAGUGCUGUUCAGAGAGUGGAUGCACUUUCAAAGAUUGUCACCGGUGGAAAUGAUUCUCAUCAGUCUGGGCAUUUCACAUUUCUGUCUACAGUGGACAUCGAUGCUGUACAACUUUGGUACUUUUUCUAGGCCUGUCCUUUUAUUUUGGAAGGUAUCAGUCGUCUGGGAGUUCAUGAACAUUCUGACAUUCUGGCUAACCAGUUUGCUUGCCGUCCUCUACUGUGUCAAGGUCUCUUCCUUCACUCACCCCAUCUUCCUCUGGCUGAGGUUGAAAAUUUUGAAACUGGUUCUCUGGAUGAUAAUGGGUGCUCUGAUAGCUUCUUGUUUGUCAAUCAUCCCUUCUGUUGUUAAAUAUCACAUCCAGAUGGAAUUAGUCUCCCUAGAUAAUUUACCCAAGAACAAUUCUUUGAUUCUAAGACUACAACAGUUUGAAUGGUAUUUUUCCAGUCCUUUAAAAAUGAUUGGCUUUGGUAUUCCUUUCCUCGUGUUCCUGGCUUCUAUCAUCUUACUCACAGUCUCACUGGUCCAGCACUGGGUGCAAAUGAAACACUACAGCACCAGCAACUCCAGCCUGAAAGCUCAGUGCACUGUCCUGAAGUCUCUUGCUACCUUCUUCACCUUCUUCACAUCCUAUUUUCUGACUAUAGUCAUCUCCUUUAUUGGCACUGUAUUUGAUAAGAAAUCUUGGUUCUGGGUCUGCGAAGCUGUCAUCUAUGGUUUAGUCUGUAUUCACUUUACUUCACUGAUGAUGAGCAAUCCUGCCUUGAAAAAGGCACUGAAGCUGCAGUUCUGGAGCCCAGAGCCUUCCUGA